AUGAAGCUGUCAAACCCAGGGACCGUGCCGGUGUAUACCAUCGCGGGGCCUUCGACCGCGAGACCGCUGCCCGACUGGCUGGCGCGCCGCAGGAAGCGAUCGUCCAAAUAUGACCCCGAGAACCAGAACAACUUCGAGCUGCUACAGGAAUUCGAAUUCGAAGAAGCGAGCAACUGUGUUCGAGUCAGCGAGGAUGGCAACUGGAUCAUGAGCUCUGGCACUUAUAAGCCCCAAUUUCACGUCCACUCGACACAGGAGCUGUCUUUGUCCUUUGCGCGACACACCAAGUCCGAAAAUACGACAUUUCUUCUCUUGAGUUCGGACUACUCCAAGAGUCUACACUUGCAAAGUGACCGAUCCUUAGAGUUCCAUACGCCGAUGGGAUGCCACUAUGAAACUCGCCUCCCCAGGUUCGGCCGGGAUCUGGCCUAUAUCCGCCAGAAUACCGAGGUGCUUGUUCCAGCCGUCGGCCUGAGUUCGGACGGGUCCGGAAUGGGCGAGGUUUUCCGGCUCGAUCUCGAACGCGGCCAAUACCUCCGACCGUGGCAGAUUAACGUGGGGGAAGACGAAGCAAUUAGUGGCUUGCAAGGCAGCAUAAAUGUUGGUGCGGUCAAUGUUGCGGCGGUAGCGGAAUCCACACACGGCCUUUGCGCCUUCGGGACGUCAAUCAGCACCGUCGAGUUCUUCGACCCGCGCACCAAGGGACGAGUUGCAGUCCUCGGAGGUCACGAUGGCGAAGUCACUGCCUUGGAUUUCAGCAAAGAUGGGCUUUCUCUUGCGCUUGGCACAGCUCACGGCCAAAUCAGCACAUUUGACUUAAGAAAUCCGCGGCCUCUUCUCAAGAAGGACCAGGGCAUGGGACUUCCCAUCCAAAGCCUCAUCCACAUGACAACACCUACAGAGGAGCGCAAGUUGCUUUCUGCCGACAAGAGAAUCAUCAAAAUAUGGGACGAGCACAGCGGUGAUCUCUGGACAUCCAUUGAGCCCAUGGUCGACAUCAACUAUGUUGCUCAUUGCCCAGAUUCGGGCAUGAUCUUGACCGCAAACGAGGGAAAACAAAUGCACAGCUUCUUUAUUCCAAACCUUGGUCUGGCGCCAAGAUGGUGCCAUUUCGUUGACAACUUGGUCCACGAGAUGGAGAACGAGACUAGAACCGAGACCUAUGACAACUUCAAGUUCUUGACGGUGCCUGAACUGAAGGCUCUCAGCCUAGGGCAUCUGGUUGGCAAGACAAAUCUAUUGCGGCCAUAUAUGCACGGCUACUUUGUCGCAGCCAAGUUGUACGACCAGGCUCGCCUUAUCGCCAACCCUUAUAUCUGGGAGGAGGAGCGAGCGAAGAGAAUUAGGGAGAAGGUCGAAAAGGAGCGCGCAAGCCGAAUCAGGGGUGUCAAGAAAGUCAAGGUCAAUCAGAAGUUGGCUGACAAGAUGUCCAAACGACAAGAAAUCAAACAGAAGGCCGAUAUCGAGGAUGCUGUGCUGGGUGACUCCCGUUUCGGUAAGCUCUUCGAAGACGAGGAUUUCAAGGUCGACGAGACCAGCUGGGAGUUCCGUUCCCUCAACCCAAGUACGCAAGUGCCCGGGCGUGAUGGCGCCCCUCCGGCCGCUGUCGAGGAUAGCGGCGGUGGGUCGAGCGAUGGUGGUGGCAACGCUGGCGAUGCUGGCGACGAGGUUUUCAUGCAGGUCUCGUCAUCACGGGUACAGGGCGGCAGGGCAAAGGACACAGCAAUAGGAUCCAGGGCCCAGAAGUAUACCCGAACAACGAAGACUCGUCCAGGCGAGGUUGUGGGGGAGAAAAACGUAACAUUUGUGCCAGAAUCUAAGAGUAAGGACAAGGCGCCGCCGCCAGCUCCGGCAGACAAACGCUCAGACGCGAGAAGAAGCGCGAGCACCAACACCUUCCGACGACUAUAG